AUGCCGGUGCUGCGAUCAAUUGCCUUGGCGGCGUCACACCAAGAAUGGAGCUGGAUCCGGUCGGAGAUCAACGCCAUCGCGGAGGAGAUCAAGCGAUGCACCGACGGCAGGCUGCUGGCUCGGGGCGCGUCCAUCCACCGCGAGAUUGCCGGCAGCAGCCACGCCAAGAAUCGCUACCUCGCCAACAAGCUCAUCGAGAUGUAUGGCAAGUGUGGCAACGCCCAGGCCGCCAAGAGCAUCUACGAUGGCAUCCAGGCGCCCAAUUGCUUCUCCAAGACGAUGAUGCUCAGCGCGUUUCUCCGCAAUGGCCAGCUCCAGCCCGCCAUGGCCAUGUUCUUCGCGGAUCCGGCAGUGCCCAGCAGCAGCAGUGGCGAUGUGGUGCUGUGGAACACGAUGCUGCAAGGGCUGUGCGAUCUGGGGCAUUUGGAUCAGGCCAGGCUCUUGUUUGAUCGGUUCCCGCAGUGGAACGUCGUGUCGUGGAACGCGCUCAUGACCGCAGUUGCCGAGGAUGGGGAUUGCGCCAGCGCGAAAGAGCUGUUUGAGGGGAUGCCCGAGCGAGACAUGGUGUCUUGGAACGUCUUCUUCUUCCAUAGCUGCACGCUCAAUGGGGAGCUGUCGACGGCCAGGAUCGCUCUGGCCCGCGCGCCCCAGCACAGCGUCGUGACGUGGACGGCCAUGAUCACCGCUUACAGCAGCCAUGGCUAUCUCGACGAAGCGCGCUCGCUCUUUGACACCAUGGCCGAGCACAACAUAGUCACCUGGAACGCGAUAAUAGUAGCUUACACACAAACUGGCCAGGUUGAUCAAGCUAAGUACGCUUUUGAUAAGAUGCCAUAUCAGGAUGUUAUAUCCUGGACCGCUAUGGUAACAGCAUAUGCCGCGUCCGGGCAUGUUCUUACUGCUAGAGCUUUGUUUAAUGACGCUGUUUAUCGCGACAUGGUUUCGUGGAACACACUACUAUCGGCUUAUUCACUAAACGGUCACUUUGAACAGGGCAGGGAGAUAUUCUUAAAAGCGCCAGUCAGGGACGUGGUUAGCUGGAAUGUAAUGGUCUCGGCAAAUGCCCAAUAUGGGCAUCUAGAAGAAUCUAGAAAACUGUUUAACGAGAUGCCAUGUCGGAAUUCCGUUACGUGCAAUGCUCUGAUGUUAGCGCACGCUCAAGCUGGAGACACAAGUCAAGCACUGGAGAUUUUUGAAAGAAUGCCCCAGCAAGAUAUUACUUCCUGGAACAUUGUCCUCACCACAUAUGCUCAAAAGGGUGAACUUGAUGCGGCUCAAAGAAUAUUUUCUGCUAUACCAGUGGCCAGCAUUGUCACAUUGAAUGCCAUGAUGGCGGCUUAUGCAGAGGUUGGCAAGGUCAGCCACGCGAGGCAUAUUUUUGAUUCGAUAACGCAAGAGCGAAACUUGAUAACAUGGAAUUCUAUGAUCCAGGCGUAUGCCCAGAAUGGUCUAAUGGAAGAUUCAUUUCAUUUCUUCCAGCUCAUGGUGCUUGAUGGCAUCAAGCCUGACGAGCUCACUGCAUUUGCGGUUCUCACCGCUUGCAGCUAUGGUGGAAAGGUGGCAGAGGCUCGCGAGCACUUAGUGGCGAUGGUGGAGGACCAUGGCUUGAGCCCAAGUUAUGAGCUCUAUGGUUUCAUGGCAGAUAUCAUUGCAAGAUCUGGAGAGCUGAGCUACGCCGAGGAACUGAUUGCGAGCCUGUCGAACUCGGCAGAUAGUGUCGCGUGGACAAGCUUGCUUGGAGCUUGUAGGCUCCAGAGUGAUAUCCAACGAGGCCAACGAGUUGCUUUGCUUGCUGCUACUUCUGAUAGACAAGAUUCAGCACCUUACUCACUGCUUGCAAAUAUGUCAAUGGAGGAAAUGUGA